ACGCCAUCCAUCCAUCUGAGAUUGAGUGCUAAGGUGAUUGCUUGCAGGGCGCUUCUUAUCUGCGCGUUAUCUCGCGAACCACCUUCGAGACAAAAGUGUGAUAAAAAUUUAAUUAAAUUCUUCUCUCGCCCUGCGUGAACGUGAGUAAAGUUAAUUUAAUAAAGUGAUUCCCAGAGUCGCGCAACCCUUCUUCUUUAUCGCGCCAAAGCGGAGGAACGAUUUUUUGUGCUCUGGGCGACGGGCUAAAAAAGAAUAUAUAGAGAAAGCGCGAGGGCCCGAAAAAAAACAACAUUUUGGGCGUGAAAAGUGGUGAAACGAGAGUGAAUAUCCCCGAGGGUGGAACAAAAAUGUUAAAUAAAGUGAAAAAUAAGGGUGACCAGUGAAUUGAACAAUCGUGAAUAAUUGAUCGUGAGGGAAAUGCCAUGGAGUUGUGGAUUAUUUUUCCUGUGAGCCUGCUAACCCUUCUAGUCAACGUGAUAGGAUUCAUUAAUGUGGAGGCGCCCAGCUACUGGGACACGCCGUUCGCCCAGCCGUACUUCGACAACACAACGAAGCGCGACCUCACCGCCACCGUGGGCCAAGUGGCUCUGCUGCGCUGCCGCGUCCGCAAUCUUGGCGACAGAGCCGUAUCUUGGAUACGAAAACGUGACCUGCACAUUCUCACCAUUGGCAUCAUGACCUACACAAACGAUCAGAGAUUCCAGAGCUUGCACACUGAAGGCUCAGACGAAUGGACGCUGAAGAUUUCCUCGCCUCAGCUGCGAGAUUCGGGAAUAUAUGAGUGUCAGGUGUCGACGGAGCCCAAAAUUAGCAUGGCAUUCAGGCUCACCGUCGUAGUGUCGAAAGCGAAAAUACUCGGCAAUCCCGAACUAUUCAUCAAGAGUGGCAGCGACAUAAAUCUCACGUGUGUCGCCAUUCAAGCCCCGGCCCCGCCAUCCUUCAUCUACUGGUACAAGGACGGCCGCCUUAUUAACUAUUCCCAAAGGGGCGGCAUCAACGUGCUCACGGAGCGACAGACACGCACGAGCAAGCUCGUGAUUGCACGCGCCACCCCCGCCGAUUCAGGCAAUUACACCUGCUCCCCUAGCAACUCGGAUCAGGCCAGUGUCGUGGUGCACGUGAUCAAGAGCGAGCACCGCGCCGCCAUGCAGCACGAGACCAGCGCCUCCACCUGUCUCAGGUGGUCCGCACUCAUCCUCGUCGCCAUGCUCUUGAGCGGCGUCAGGUGAUGAGUGUGCGCCGCCAUUUAAGCGUUAUCGUGCCACUCCCACCACUGGCCCCAAUCAAAGAACUGAUAGAUGUGAACGACAGGCACUUGAGAAAUGUGAGACAGUGUGAGGAAGCUGAGAAGAUUCCUCGGAUAUUUGCCAGCAAAACUGCUCGAGGUGUUUCAGGAAAUCACCCCCAGCUGCAAACUAAUGAAAUUUAUCUCUCCUAGUUAUGAUAGAGUACCCAUGAACAAGGAAAAGACAUAGAUGAAUAACAAUAGAGAAAAUUGUACACUGGAAUGUCCAAGGCGACAUAACAAUUUAAGGAAGAAAUUAUUAAUCAUAACUAAGGAUGAAAGGAAACUGAAAUAUUUUAUGUCCUUCUAUACAAUAAUUAGCUCCUAAAAUGAAAACUUACGUAGUGUGACAUUUAACAUAAGGACGCUCUGGCAAGGAGAUGUAAGAAAGGGUGGAAACCAAGUGAGUUUCGCAACCCCCUAAUAUCUGUGUACCAUCUAUAAUAAUGUGAUAUACCGCAUUGAAGAGUCUCUCAAAUACUAUAGCUAAAAUUUAUCGAAUCAAUAGGCAUUUUCACCCUGUUCAGUGCUUGUCUUCCACCUCGCAACUGUCCAUCACGCCCCAAUUUCUGACCCGUCUCCAAAUACAAUAUCAGCCCGAAAUGACCUCUUUAUUCCACAUCAAUUGCGCACCACAGGAGCCGAGCAAAUAGAGCUCCAAUCCUAUGGGCAGAGUGGGAAAGUGCACCGGACACGAGACGGCUUAUCUCGCGUUCGAUAUUCAAAUUUAAUUUCCUCCGCGAUCAAUAACCUCCCAAAUGACGAAAGUAAUUAAAAAUCCAACGCGUGAAAAAUGGAAAUUAUAGUUCAAUUCAAUUCAUUUUGCCUCCACCAUUAGCCAGUGUCAUUGUUCAUUUGCACCGCCGAAGCUUAUCAAUGGUUCAAUAUUACCGCCAGAACUAUCACAUAUUGCUAAAAAACAAUCGAAUAGAACAGAUAUGGAAGUAUUUAGUUCGAUAUUAAAAAUUCCAACUCACCAUCGCGUCCAAUGACAUACUUUUCCAUUUGCCUGCAAACGAACAAAUUAAGCAAACAAUGCAGAGGGUAAAAAGCGACUAUAUUCGUUACUUAAAUAGAGGUGGAAGAGAAAUGCACCAAGCCCGUUGUAAAUAAAUGGGAUGUUAGUGAAUAAAAAAUAGAAUUAUUUUAUAUUGACGCUCUGGUAGGAAAACAGUCGUGGAAAUUCAAUCAUGAGAAGCAAGAAUCCACAAGGAUAAAAUUUGAUUUAAAUGCUUUCAAUAGCAAUGAUAUUUUUGCAAAAAUCAUUUUCGUGUCUCCUUAAAUAUUUUAUAAAUAGCAAAUGAGAAUAUUUGAAUAUUGCCAUUUUUAGUCAACCAUGACAGUUUUGAGUUUAUUCCAAAUUUUCGAAAUCCAUUGUGCAAAUAACUAUAUAUCGAGAACUAAAACAUAAACUAUGUUCAGCCCAAAGAAAGCACAAUAAAGAACUUGUUUAAUUUUCGUGUUGCCCAAUAAGCUUGAUUAAAAAUAUACAAACAAAUAUAUACAAUAGAAAUGAAUUAAAUGGAGAAUUAUUGUUUGAUUACUAUUGAGGGUAAUUUAUAUGCUUUUAUCCGAAAGGAAAAUAGGAUCAAAUACUUUGUACGUGUGAUACUAUUAAUUGGUCACAUUUUUCCACAACUGCUAUAUUGAAGUGACAACAAAUCAUGUUGGAAAACGAAAAAUAUACUUAGAUUGAGAAUAGAUAAUUUCAUUUUUGUAUAUACAAGUAAUGUAAAUAGCCAAUUAUGUAUAAUGACAUAAUAAAUAAUUUAUU